CUCUCUCUCUCUCUCUCUCUCUGUCUUUUUUACAGUUUCAAAUUGUUUAUUCAUUCCAAGUUUGAUCCUUUGGGAGUGUUCGAUUCUCGCUUUACGAUGCACUACUACGUCCACAGCUACUUGUUAUAAGCUUCACAGUGCCAUUUGAUUUCCCAGUUCUCUGCAUGAGCUGUUGUCACCUUCCACACAAGUAAUUCUCCGUGAGUGAACGCUGAGAGCCAGAGCCCAGAGAUAGCCAGAGAGACAUGACGACCUCUUUCACCUUUUCCAUAUUCGUUCAUGUCGCCCUUGUUUUCCUUCUUUUCUCUCCGUGCUCUUCUACGUACGCUAAUGAUCUUCAAGUGCUGUUGAAGCUAAAGUCCGCCAUGACUGGACCCAAUGUUUCGGCCCUGUUGGACUGGGAGGACUCCUCGUCACCAACAGCCCAUUGCUCCUUCUCUGGAGUUUCAUGUGACGAGGACUCGAGGGUUGUUUCUCUUAACGUGUCACUUAUUCCUCUCUUCGGCUAUUCCCCGGAGAUUGGGUUACUGAAAAAGCUUGUCAGCCUAACCAUCGCCGGUGGCAAUCUCACGGGGAGACUUCCUGUGGAGAUGGCGAACCUCACGUCACUCAAGGUACUCAACAUCUCCAACAACCUCUUCAACGGAAACUUUCCCGGAAAAAUCACUCUCGGAAUGACGGAGCUCGAGGUUAUCGACACUUACAACAAUAACUUCUCCGGACCGCUUCCGGCGGAGUUCGUGAACUUGAAAAGGCUCAAGCACCUUAGUCUCGGAGGCAACUUCUUCUCUGGUCCGAUUCCGGAGAUUUACGCCGACAUUCAAAGCCUCGAGUACUUGGGCCUGAACGGCAACUCACAUACGGGCAAGUUCCCAGCGAGUCUCGGUCGGUUAAAUAAUCUCAAAGAAAUGUACGUAGGCUACUUUAACGCUUACGAUGGAGGUAUUCCGCCGGAGUUAGGAUCGCUCAGCUCGCUUGAACUCCUCGACAUGGCGAGCUGUAACCUCACCGGUGAGAUUCCCAAGAGUCUGAGCCUUUUGAAGAACUUGCACACGUUGUUUCUACAAAUCAACCGCCUCGCAGGUCAUAUACCUCCCGAAUUCUCUUCUUUACAUAGCUUAAAAUCACUCGAUCUCUCUAUUAACGAACUCACCGGAGAGAUUCCGGAGAACUUCUCGGAUCUUAAGAACAUUACGCUAAUCAAUUUGUUUAAGAACAAGCUUUACGGCCCAAUCCCGCCCUUCGUUGGAGACCUUCCAAAUCUUGAAGUUCUUCAGAUAUGGGAGAACAAUUUCACGCUCGAACUGCCCGAGAACUUGGGUCAGAAUGGGAAGCUCAAGCUCCUCGACGUGGCUACCAAUCAUUUCACCGGUUUGAUUCCUCGCGAUUUGUGCAAAGGAGGGCAGUUGAAGACGCUGAUCCUGAUAGAGAAUUUCUUCUUCGGACCAAUCCCCGACGAGCUCGGCGAAUGCAAGUCUCUUACCAGGAUCCGAAUCAUGAAGAACCAACUCAACGGAACGAUUCCGGCAGGGAUUUUCAAUUUGCCGUUGGCAGAAGUGAUCGAGGUCAAUGAUAACCACUUCUCCGGAGAGCUUCCCUCCGAGUUCUCCGGGGACAAACUCGGCAUUCUCACGAUCUCGGGGAAUCAAAUCACCGGAAGAAUUCCUCCGGGAAUUAAAAAUCUCAAGAGUUUGCAGAACUUAUAUUUAGAAAUGAACAGGUUUUACGGGGAGAUUCCCAAGGAAAUCUUUCAUCUACCAGCGAUCUCUACGAUUAACAUAAGCGCCAACAAUAUCAGUGGCGAAAUUCCUACUUCGAUUUCGACCUGUACUUCUUUGACGUCCGUGGAUUUCAGUCGAAACAAUCUGUUUGGCGAUAUUCCCAUAGGGAUUUCCAAAUUGAAGGUACUCAGCAUUCUCAAUUUCUCGAGAAACCAACUGACCGGCCAAAUCCCCGGUGAGAUCCGAUUCAUGACGAGUCUCACAACCUUGGAUCUUUCUGAUAACAAUUUCGUGGGAAAUAUUCCCACCGGCGGGCAGUUUUUAGUUUUCAACGAGAGCUCGUUUGCUGGAAACCCCAAUCUCUGUUCGCCACGUCAUGCGUCCUGCCCGUCCUCGUCGGGAACUCCGGGUCGAGGCUCCAGUCUGGGGCAUAACAACUCCGGUUCAUGGAAGGUCAUCAUAAUGGUGAUUGCGAUCGUAACGGCUCUGUUAUUGGGGCUCGUCACGGCUUACAUGAUGCGGAAAAAGAAACUCCAGAAAUCUCGAGCUUGGAGGCUCACCGCGUUCCAACGUCUGGAUUUCAAAGCUGAGGACGUGCUCGAGUGCCUGAAGGAAGAAAACAUAAUCGGCAAAGGCGGUGCCGGGAUCGUCUACCGUGGGUCCAUGCCUGACGGCGUUGACGUGGCGAUCAAACGGUUGGUGGGUAGGGGUUCCGGGCUGAGCGACCACGGAUUCUCGGCCGAAAUCAAGACUCUGGGGCGGAUCAAACACCGAAAUAUCGUGAGGCUGUUGGGGUACGUUUCGAACAAGGAUACGAACCUGUUGCUGUAUGAGUACAUGCCCAAUGGGAGCUUGGGUGAGCUAUUGCAUGGAUCAAAAGGAGGCCAUUUGCAGUGGGAUAUGAGGUACAAGAUAGCCGAAGAGGCUGCCAAGGGCCUGUGUUAUCUUCACCAUGACUGUUCGCCGCUGAUUAUUCACAGGGAUGUGAAGUCCAAUAACAUUCUGCUGGACUCGGAUUUUGAGGCUCAUGUGGCUGAUUUCGGACUCGCCAAGUUCUUGCAGGACGCUGGAGCCUCCGAGUGCAUGUCCUCCAUUGCUGGCUCGUAUGGUUACAUCGCCCAGAGUACGCUUACACGCUGAAAGUGGACGAGAAAAGCGACGUGUACAGUUUUGGUGUGGUGCUGCUGGAGCUGAUUGCUGGGAGGAAGCCGGUGGGGGAGUUUGGCGAUGGCGUGGACAUAGUGAGAUGGGUGAGGAUAACCACAUCAGAACUCUCCCAGCCGUCGGAUGCAGCAUCCGUCCUGGCAGUGGUGGACCCAAGGUUGAGUGGGUACCCUCUGACAGGUGUCAUACACCUGUUCAAGAUAGCUUUGAUGUGUGUUGAGGAUGAAAGCUCUGCCAGACCCACCAUGAGGGAAGUCGUUCACAUGCUCAGCCAUCUUCCUCGGUCUCCCCCAAGCCUCGUCAACCUUCAACUAUAACAUGGUCUUGAUCGGUUCUGAAGAUCAUCAUCAAUAUUUAAGUAAAUAAUAGUAAAGCAAAAUUGUAAUAAUAUUGUGACAACAGGUGGUGGGUGCAAGAAGACUUGGACCCAAUUUCCAUGCCUAUAAAAAAUGUUGGUUUCUGGGUGUU